AUGCCAGUGCUACAACCGCCACUGUUCGAACAGGGCCGAAGCGACGACUUUGCGCGUUCAGGCAAAACCUUGUCGUUAUGUGCCUCGCCGCGCGACGACUCCGUGGCCGUAUUUGCGUCUGCGAGUGCAGAUGCGCGAAACCCUCGGGAGAGCAAGUCGUCCUCAUCACAGCGAAACAUCUACCUCGCGAGACCCCAUGAUGCCCCAACCUCCGAACGACGCAUUUUCGUCACCGAUACAUCUAUCAUCUUUGCCGCGGUGCAGAAACUACGAAACGACGCUCGCGCGCGAAACGUGGAUAUCUCCGAAGACGAUACCUGUGCGCGAGCAAUGAACAAGCUGACGCUCGACUACAUCAACUUCUGCAAAGAGUGUUGUGUGUAUUGCUCCCGUGAUCUGCCUCCAACAGAGCCUCUGCAGUUCAGCGCCGAACAUUACCGCAAGCUGUACACCUGCUUUUCCCUCUUUUCCAUGCUCUACGUGCCGGAGCCCGGCUACGAGAACGUUCCCGUGGGGGACGAGUUGAUGGAAUGGCUUAAUGUACAUUACGUAGAGCCGACGACCGAGGAAGGUGACCAUCUGAGCAGCCUCGAGCGGCCUUGGGAAGAUGAGACAUUUUGGCCGUACCUCACUCGAGCAACCAUUCGCGGUCUCUCCCGUGCCUCUGCAUUUUUCCUCGACGUCCUCUCCAACCACCCAUCUCCCUUCCUCCAAGAGCUCUCCAAACACCUCAUACCGCUCGUCACAAACCACCCUCGGCUACAUCAGUUCACCGCGGAGCGCGACUUCGCAAUCGCUGCGCGUCGCUGGCGUGAUAAGGUGAAGAGCGUGCGUCUCGAGCUGGAUCGCGUACCGGAGGACGCGCGAGAGGACGGCUUCGAGAAUUGGUGGGGCCGAGUCGACGAUAUCGUUGGCAUUCUCGAGGGCCGUGAAGACGUGGUCAAGCGAGUAUGCGUGGAUCUCGGAGGAGACUGGAAGGAGGUUUGUGCGGUGUGGUGCGUCUUCGUGAACACGCGCAUCCGCAGGGCAGAACUUCCUGACAUAGUUUCCGAUCUGCUGGAUGAAAUGCCGCCGGAUCCGACGAACUUGGAAGACGUGGUUCACUCGGCGAUGUUCCUCGGCAAGCCGACCAGUGUACUUGCGGAGGCGGCGCGACUUGACGUCUGGCUCGCCGCACAUCUCGGAGAUAUAAUGGAGUCGCUCGACCUGGUCGAUAAGGAACCCGACGAUUCCGAAUCGACCCUGCGCGAACACUACAUCAUCUCCUACUGCGAAUACAUGCGCUCGGACCCUGGGCUCUGGCGGAUCACUGUCGACUACCUGUGCACCUGCGGCGUGAUCGGACACCAGAUGGCGGAUGAGGUGCUGAUGAGAGUGCCCCUCAAACUGCAGCCUCCGAAAGGCGCCGUGGACGCAGACGAAGAGAGCGCACGAAUACGCUCCGGCACCCUCGCAGGCGUGCUGAAGGAGGUGAACGCCUCUUGCUACGAGCACAAGCGCGAGGCAGUCCGGCGGAUGGUGUGCAGAAUCGCUGCGCAGACGUUCAUGCGGGAGAACGAGUACGGCUUGGCUGUGUCUUAUUGUGUUUCUGCCGAGGACUGGGCUGGACUGGGCCGUACAGUUGAUCGCAUGCUCGAUGUUUACAUCACACAUGGACCACAACAAUACGCACGAUCAGUAGCGAAGAUCGCCCCCUCGUUGCAGACGCUGCGGUCGGAGUCGAAGGCGAAUGGCAUUUUCAUCUUCCGGCUGAUGUUUGCCGUGCGCUUUGCGGAGUUCCACCACAGACGGCUCAGUGGCGACCUGCAAAAAGCCGCGUUCGACCUUGUCUCGAUGCUGCAGGAAGAGAUCGCGCCCAAAUCGUGGUGGGCUGUCUUGCUCUCGGAUGCGGUAGAGCUGCUGCAAUGCAACGAAACCAUGCUGUUCACGUCUGUCGAUGCGACAUUACUCUUGCACCGUCUAGAGGAGAUCCAUAUCCGGUCCACACAAGGAUCUGCGGAUGAGUACCUCUCAAUCCUCGCCCGAACGACCAAAACAGGGGGAGAGGCGCAUGCGCUCCAACGGUUGCAGACCGUGCGUCUUGCACUAGCCAGAUAUUAUGCGAAGUGCGCCGUCAUAGGCGUCGGUGGAAGGACAGUGGUCGGGUCAGCGAAUACCCAGUACUGA